AAGCCUGGUGUGGGGCUUGAACUCACGAACCUCGAGAUCGUGACCUGAGCAGAAGUCUGACGCUCGACCACCGAAACCACCCAGAACUGGUGUCCUUAUAAGAACAGGAAGAGAGACCAGAGAUCUCUUGUUCACUCUUCACACACACAGAGGCAUGGCCAGGUGAGGAGGCGGCGAGAAGGCAGCCGUCUGCCAGCCGGGAAGAAAGCCCUCAGCGGGAAGGGAAUCUGCCAGCGCCUUGACCUUGGACUUCCAGCCUCCAGAACUGUUGGACUGGCUCCAGAGGCAGCCCCUGAGAGCAAGUGGCCCCAGGAAGCACCAGGAGGGACAAGGGGAAGUGAGAGAAGGAAGGGAAGAAGGCAAUUUCGGGUAGUGGUAAGUGCCGUGAGUAACAACCAUAAAAAUUAGAGGAAGCAGCUGAUGAGGGGCCGGAGGGUGGCACGCCUGUCUGAGAUAGGGACGGCCUCUCAAAGGAGGGGACGCGUGAGCAGGGACAUCAUGAGGCGAAGGAGGGACCCACCCUGGGGAAAGAGGGUUCCAGGCAGGGAAGCAGCAGGUGCAAAGGCCCGGAGGUGGGUGCAGGCUUGGAGAGUGGGAGAAUCUGAUGUAGCUGAAUGGAAGUGGGGGGGGGGGAGUGAGGGGGAUGUGGCUAGAGAUCAAGAACGGAAGGAACGGGGAAGAGUUUGUAAGAAAGGGAAGGAGAUGGUAACCGAAUCCGGGCCCAAUUCUUCCGUGAGGAAGGGCAAGGCGUGCCUGAUGCACUCGCGCUAGUCAGGCCUUGUGUCAGUUACCUGUAGCCCAUUGUGCUGUGUGACAGACAACCCCCAGUCCAGUGGCUUAGACAAUCAGCCUUAAUUAUGGCUCACAGUCUACGCAUCAACCGGACAUUUCUUCUGGCUGGGCGCAUUCAGGAGUCUUUGGUCAGUUGGGGGUCCGGAGGACACUCUUUAUUCACCCAGGUUGGGCCCUGUCACAUGUUUGGGGUUCGGCUGGCCGUAGGUUGGUCUAGGAUGGCCUCGGCUGGGACGACAGGGCUCGCCUCGAUAUGCCUCGGCCAGCUGGCCCGGGCUCCAGUCAGGUGACAGAGGCAGGUGAGGGCAUCGACCUGGGUCCAUCUGGCGGUCAAUCUACACCAGCUGCAUUACGUCUUUGGGACUUCUGAUUAUCACCCCCGUCCCUCUCUGGCUCUCCCAAGACAUCCUACGGUCUUUGACUCCAGCUCCAGCCCCUCUAGAAUUCUUCCCGCCCAAGUUUGUCCUCUUAAGGUCCCAAAGGAGCUGUAGCCUGUGUUGUUCACAACCUCAAAUUUCUGACGAGGCUCGCUUUCCUCCUCUGCUUUGGGGCAUGACUGGAGCUGAAAUUCAUUAUUGAAAUAACUGACUCUCUUAAUAGUGAACUGUGACUUGGUGUCAGCCACAUCAGGGCAGAGGUUCGUCCAUAGGGUGCCCCUGAGCCAAGGAGAAAGGGGCACUCACAGCAUGGCUUGAGCACACGUUGUGCCCCCUUGUGCAGUGUCCAGCCUGCCCAACCAUACCAGCCUGCCCUAAUUAUGGGAGUGGAGAGGAAGAGGGAAGAGAGAAAGAAGGGGAAAGGGAUUCCACUGGGAUCCAGGGCACCAUUUAGCCUUAGCACUCUGGCCAAAGGAAGAACCUUCCUCAAAUGGAUGAGGGACCCAAUGGGGAGCCAGCCCAGCAAGCCAGGAUGGGCACCCAGACAGGCAGACUACUCUUCUAGUGGACCAAGGCUGGAUCAGGCCCUGUGGGGGAGGAGGAUCAGAAGAAGGGAAAGGAAGAGGGUAGAAAGGUCCCAGUUGAACAUACUCCCCACCCCCUUCCUGUAUCCCCAGGAAAUAAAGUGCAGCUGGGUUCUUGGUUGCCAUAGUGACUGCCACACAAAGAAUUUGGGGGGAAAAACACCCCGGGGGCAUGAAGAAGCAAUUUGCUCUCAGCUCUGGGAGGCAGGGGGUGGAGGGAGGACACGGGGAUGGGGAUCGGAAUCUCCUGGGGAGAAAAAGUUAAGAGAGGCCUGCCAGGGUAGGUGGUGUCGGGGAGCCUGGAACCUUCCAUGCCCCCCCCCACUUCUACCAGUGAUCCAAAAGAAGAAUGGGUGGAGGCCCCCCCAGCUCUGGUGUGGGUGCUCCCAAAUCCCAGGCCCCCCUUCCGGGGACCAACUGGGCAGCUGUGAGCUCCCCAGUGUCCACAGGGGCAGGACCUCCAUGUGGAUUUUUUUUUUUUUUUUGAAUUUCCAAUUCCACCUCAGGACAAGGCACUAUCUGGGGCAGUGCACAGGCCUGACACCCCUCAAAUCCUUCCUCAAACUCAGGAAAGGGCCCGGCCUCACUGACCAGCCCCUCCCCCCUCCUCCUUGGCUACACACAGAGAGGUCUACAUAUCCCGGGCUGUGGGGAGGAGGGUGGAUUGGAUUUAACCCCCCCCAGAGGGAACCUGCAGCCCGGUUUUCCUCCCUCCAGCUUCUCUAAACCUCCAAGAAAGCAGAGAAAGCACGGUGUGGUGGCAGCUGCAUUUUUUUUUUAAUCUGUUAAUAAAACCGCAAGUGAAUCAAAUCCACUCGAAGGGAAAGGGUGGGGGGGGGGUGCGGUGCAGCGAGGCAGGGGCCAUGGUGUUUGCAGAAGUUGGAAAUUUAAUAAGAAGGGAAAAUAAAAAUAGCCACUGUGCCGGAGACACAGAGAGAGGGUUGGGAGACGUAGGUGGGUGUGGGACUCCAGGCUGGGUGGAAAGCAUGAAGAAGAGACAGCCAGAGGGUCCCAGAGUCUGGAGAGGCAAGGGGGGUGGGCACAGCUAGGGGCAACAGGAAGGAGGGGACUUGGAGUACCCGCCAAAAUGGCCCGAUUCCCUGGCAGGUUUUCCGCAGGGGUGAGCGGGCCAGAGAGGUUAGGGAUUGGCAGUCUGAAAGCCUAGGCGAGGAGGAGCAGCUCCUGGUUCCUUGGUCUUUGAGCUGGUCAGGAUACGCAUCACACUGUUAGGGCUGCCAUGAACAGCUGUGCAGGUGGCUCACUGCACAAGAAUGCUAGAAAGAAGCCAGAGCAAGGGCUGAUAUCAUCUCUUCCCCUCACCGCGCUCUUCAUCUGCCCCGAAGAAAGGGUGCCUUUUAAGGAUCCACAAUAAAGGUGCCAACACCCUAAAUGUCCAUCACCAGAGGAGUGGAUGAACAAAUGUGGUCCAUCCAUACACUGGGAUAUGAUUCAGCCGUAAAAAGGAGGACCAAUCUUGACACACGCUACAAUGUGGAGGAAACUUGAAAACGUUAUACCCAGUGAAAGGAGCCAGACACGACAGAGCACACGUGACCCGAUUCCAUUUACGUGAAAUGCCCGGAAUAAGUAAAUCCACAGAGACAGAAAGCCGACGGGUGGUGGCCAGGGGCUGGGAGGAAAGGGGAAGUUGGGGAGCGACUUAAUGGGUGCCGGUUUCCUUUUGGGGUGACGGGGAUGUUCUGGAACCAGGUAGAAGUGGUGGCCGCACAACGUGGUGAAGGUGUCCCUGAAGUGUAUACUUCAAAAUGGUUGAUUUUGUGUUAGGUGAAUUUCACCUCAGGAAAGAAAGAAAGAAUGAAGGAGGGGCAGGGAGGGAGAAGGAGGAAGGAAGGAAGGAAGGAAGGAAGGAAGGAAGGAAGGAAGGAAGGAAGGGGAAGAUCCACAUAAAGACGAUGGCAAGGGGGCGCCUGGGUGGCGCAGUUGGUUAAGCGUCCGGCUUCAGCCAGGUCACCAUCUCGCGGUCCGUGAGUUCGAGCCCCGCGUCGGGCUCUGGGCUGAUGGCUCAGAGCCUAGAGCCUGUUUCCGAUUCUGUGUCUCCCUCUCUCUCUGCCCCUCCCCCGUUCAUGCUCUGUCUCUCUCUGUCCCAAAAAUAAUAAAUAAAACGUUGAAGAAAAA